GAAGAGACACCAAACGUCUUCUAAGACAACCUGCAAGGUCCAACUGCGAGGAGUAGAGUUAAAAAGUAUCAUUCUAUCAAUGUUUUAGCCGAGCGUAAUCACGUAAUGUAUUGGAAAGACGAGCUGGUGACGUCAUACAAACGGUUUCUCUGCUAACACGGCAGGUGGCGCAGCAGCAGUAAUGUCUGCCGUGCCUUCUUCCACUCCUCGCAACUUGCUGCUACCGGCUUGAAUUUGGCCGAUCAAUACUCCCACGCGAGUUCGAAGUUUGAACAGUGAUGACUUUUGACAAACAAACAUCGUGGAGCAUGCAUCUCGGGGCGUGGAAGGCUAAGCUAACAAGCUAGCCCGUAAGCAUUAAGCAGCUGUUUAUAUCUCAGCUGUUGUUCGACCAUUCUCAACGAUGCCCAUUUAAGCUCUUUUUUUGGUCAAACAUUGUCAACGACCAUCAUUCAUGAGGAACUCGUCUGCGAGCGGAGGUGCAGGAUAACGACACCCACCACCGUCAAGUGGCUGUUUUAUUGUCUGGAUGAUUUAGAAGGGGGCAGAUGACAGCAUGACCUUAAGUGCUCCUUCUCAUCAUAAAAGAAAGAAUGGAGUCCAAAUCGGAACCGAUCGUGGACGAUUGGGUUGACAAUCAGAGCCGACGGUCUGUGAAGAGUGCGCAGAGGGAAAGUCGCGCAUCGUCCACUAAGAAACAGAAACACAACAAGAACUUCCGGAACAGGAUCCAGGAUGAAAAAGACAUUUCGAAAAAUGAGAUCAACACUUCGGAUCCGGACCGCGACCACAUGUCAGAUGGAGACGGGGGGCAACAGAAUAAGGGCCCCUACUACUCGGACGACUACGACAACGAGUCACUGUCAGAGCGCUCGCUCUCACCGACACUUUCACCUACCCCGCCUGUGGGGAUACGGGGAAACCGGAUUUCUAGCAGUUCCCCCUAUAAUACAGGUAUGCAGCAACGUGUCCGGGUUCGCCCACCGCGUCCGGGUGGACGCUACCGCGGAGUGCGUUCGCGCAGCAAAGAGUCCCUUCCUCCGAAAGACCUAGACCCUCUGACAAAGCAAAUGCUUUCGGGUCGUCUGCUGAAGAUCAACGAACUGCGCAACGCUCACGGUGAGCUGCAGCUGCGCAUCGUGGAGCUGCAGAAGGAAAACCGUGUUCUCAAGCAGCUUCAGUUACGUCAAGAGAAAGCCCUGCAGAACUACACGGACGCAGAGAGCAAAAUCUCCAAGAUGCUGUCAUGCCACGCCAACGAGACCCACGUGCUGCGCGAGCGUCUCCGGCGCACUCAGGAGCGAGAGCGCGUUGCAGAGCGUCGGCUGAAGGAGAAAGAGGAGCAGCUAAGGAGGAGUCAAGUGACCAUUGGCCGCAUGAAUAAGCUGGUCGAGCAGCGAGAAUUGGGAGCCCGCGAGGAGCUGACCUUCAAGCUGGAGCAGGAGAGGGCUCGCACGCAAGAGGUUGAACUCAGGAUGAAGGAGCUGGAGAGGAACAUGGAGCUGAGCAGCAGCAGUUACCAGAGACAGUUAGCUGCAGAGAGGAAGAAAAUGCUCAUGGCUCAGGAGGAGAUUAAGACUCUGCAGAAGGAGCUCGACCAACUCACCAACAAACUCCGGGAAAAAGAAAGGGAGUUAGAGAUGAAGAACAUUUAUGCUCAUCGCAUGGGGAAACUCCCAUUGCGGAAAGUCACUGAAUGUGACAACAAACCAAAGCUCCCCAGCAGGACCCAUGCCAAGGCGUUGCAGACCCAAGACCGAACGAGCAGCCCGGAUUUCCCCUCGCCUCCUCCCUCUGUCAGCAGUGAUCCGGCACCAGACGAAUAUCUAUCACUGAAGCAAAUGGACAAGGCAGAUGAACCAGCAGAGGCAGAUAGACGUCCAAACCGGGCGCAGCAGCAUCAAAAGACAGAAGACGUAAGAGGCACGAAGGAGCAGGAGCCGAAAGAAGAACAACGACCAAGAGGGUGGGAGAAAGGAGACAAGGAGGACGAGGACAAAACAAGAGCCAGCUUCUUGGUAGAUUUGAGGGAUAGGAGCAGUAGCAGCAGCAGUAGCAGGAAGAGUGGCAAUGUCCAAGAGGAAGGAGACAGGUGGAACCAUGAGGCGGUCGAGGCACGUCGCAGAAAGGACCAGCUACUGGCGAAAAUGCGGGAAAUUGAUCUUCAAAAUGAGAAGGUGCGGAAACCCAUCUUCAGCGACACCUUUGAGUUUAACGCGGCUCCAGCUGAGUGUCCCUCCUCUGGUGUGGAGGAUGGAAGUUUGAUCGCUGGAGAUGGAAACAGGGAAGUCGGACGUAGGCGAAGCUUGCGCUCCCAAAAAUCCGAUGAGGACUUAAUUUUUGGGAGCUAUGUGCCUUCUUUCGGGAAUACCCAAAGUGUCCCCGCGCCUCUUAUCAAAGAGGGCGGGGACUCUGCUUUACAAGCGAUUGGUGUUUUUAGCCUCCGUGGGGCAGAAGUGGACAAAAAGCAAGAGAAUGAUGGCCUCUCAAAGAACAAAAAGUCCAUUCUCAUGCAGCAGCUGUUCGGUUCUCUGGCGACACCUUUUGGUGACGCUAUCAGAACAGACGUUCAUGAUGCGAGCAGCAACAGCGUGCGUUCAGGUACACGCGUGGGACGCAUGAACUUCAGCACGUCAGCGCCGCCGUUGGCCUCCUCGGACACUUGUCACAUUGUGGAAAGCCGGCCAACUGUGGUCGCUAUCCCUUCGUUUGAUGACGACAUCGAAGAACUAACCUUAUAACAUUUCUAAAAGGAAAACAAACUUAGCACUUGUUGUGUCGUAUAUAGUUAUUUUUUUAGUUGCACUUUCACCUGUUUUGAUUUUAAAUUUAGUUCACUUGUCCUGUUCUGUUUUGUAUUUAUUAUUACAUUAUUUUGUUAAAUACAUGAUACAUCAUUUGUCUUCAUAAAUAUGUCUAUAAAUAGGGGUGCAACGAUUAAUCGGUUAAUUUAUUUAAUCAAAAAGCUUCGAUUUAUAUUCUGUUGCUUCGAUUAGUUUAAUGAGUGUAAAAAAAAAUUGGGACUGCAUGGAUUGCACAAAACUUUAAAUAGGCGGACAUAGUUUCAGCACUGCCGCUGCAAUCGAGCACACAUGUGAGCAGUGGCGCGUGGGGGCUGUGAUCUAUGUGGCAGAUAAUUUAAAUUUAAUAAUGCACAUAUAUUAAAAGUGCAAUUUCAAUGUUGAUGAUUUGCACUUACAAAAAAAAAUUAUUGAAAGUUUAUCGCAAGUGAAAAAAUAGUUGAACUAUUUCCCCUAAAAUCUGCAUUAAGGCUAUAUAGUGUGUUACUCAAUUAAAUGAACAAAACAAUCGAUAUAUUACUCGUAUUACAAGUGGUUGGCAACCUUCAGCAUGCAACGAGCCAUUAGGCCGUUUCCCACCAAAUAAAACUCACCUAGAGGGUGUUUCAUCCCUAAAACAACGAUAACACCACUUAUAGUUUUACAGAAACCCCAGUAAUUUUGCUCUGAUCAACUUUCCGCAGCAGUUUUGUAACUGCUCUUUUUUUUAACAUUUCAAGGUGGGUAUCUUUCCGCAAAUGCUGCGCUUGUUCUUGAAAUGACUUUCAACAUUUGAUUUUUUAGUUGUUUGCCAUUUUCUCCCCACAUAUUAAGAUCACACCCUGUCAACAGUGAAAGCAAAUGAGUCUGUCCAUGAAGCAUUAAAUGUUCUAUUGUUAUCAGAAA